AUGUGCCAUAUACAGGGCUGGGCACUUCUGGCUUUUAGACCUUUCAGUCUUUCCAGCAGCCUCACCGUUAUUGUUGACAUUCGCGAAAUCAAGGAGAUCCGCCCUGGGAAAACCUCACGGGAUUUUGAUCGCUACCAAGAAGACCCUGCUUUCCGACCAGACCAGUCACACUGCUUUGUCAUCCUGUAUGGGAUGGAAUUCCGCCUAAAGACCCUGAGCCUGCAAGCUACAUCUGAGGAUGAAGUGAACAUGUGGAUCAAGGGUUUAACAUGGCUGAUGGAGGACACAUUGCAGGCAGCCACACCUCUGCAGAUUGAGAGGUGGCUGCGGAAGCAGUUCUACUCAGUGGAUCGGAAUCGUGAGGAUCGUAUAUCAGCCAAGGACCUGAAGAACAUGCUGUCCCAGGUCAACUACCGGGUCCCCAACAUGCGCUUCCUCCGAGAGCGUCUGACGGACCUGGAGCAGCGCAGCAGUGACAUCACCUACGGGCAGUUUGCUCAGCUGUACCGCAGCCUCAUGUACAGCGCCCAGAAGACGAUGGACCUCCCCUUCUUAGAAGCCAGUGCCCUGAGGGCAGGGGAGCGGCCGGAGCUCUGUCGUGUGUCCCUUCCUGAGUUCCAACAGUUUCUCCUCGAGUACCAGGGGGAGCUGUGGGCUGUUGACCGGCUUCAGGUGCAGGAGUUCAUGCUCAGCUUCCUUCAAGACCCCUUGCGAGAAAUUGAAGAACCAUACUUCUUCCUGGACGAGUUUGUUACCUUUCUGUUCUCCAAAGAGAACAGUAUGUGGAACUCGCAGCUGGAUGCAGUGUGCCCGGACACCAUGAACAACCCUCUCUCCCACUACUGGAUCUCUUCCUCCCACAACACGUACCUGACCGGGGACCAAUUCUCCAGCGAGUCCUCCCUAGAAGCCUACGCUCGCUGUCUGCGAAUGGGCUGUCGCUGCAUUGAGUUGGACUGCUGGGAUGGCCCAGAUGGGAUGCCAGUCAUUUACCAUGGACACACCCUUACCACCAAGAUCAAGUUCUCCGAUGUUCUGCACACCAUCAAGGAGCAUGCCUUCGUGGCCUCAGAGUACCCGGUCAUCCUGUCCAUCGAGGACCACUGCAGCAUUGCCCAGCAGAGAAACAUGGCACAGUACUUCAAGAAGGUGCUUGGGGACACACUCCUUACCAAGCCCGUGGACAUUGCCGCGGACGGGCUCCCCUCACCCAACCAGCUCAAGAGGAAGAUCCUCAUCAAGCACAAGAAGCUGGCAGAGGGCAGUGCCUACGAAGAGGUGCCUACAUCAGUGAUGUACUCUGAGAACGACAUCAGCAACUCCAUCAAGAAUGGCAUCCUCUACCUGGAAGACCCCGUGAACCACGAGUGGUACCCCCACUACUUCGUUCUGACCAGCACCAAGAUCUACUACUCUGAAGAGACCAGCAGUGACCAGGGCAAUGAGGAUGAGGAGGAGCCCAAGGAGGCCAGUGGCAGCACGGAGCUGCACUCCAGUGAGAAGUGGUUCCAUGGGAAGCUCGGGGCGGGACGGGAUGGACGGCACAUCGCCGAGCGCCUGCUCACCGAGUAUUGCAUCGAGACCGGGGCCCCUGACGGCUCCUUCCUCGUGCGGGAGAGCGAGACCUUCGUGGGCGACUACACGCUCUCUUUCUGGAGGAAUGGGAAAGUCCAGCACUGCCGGAUCCACUCCCGGCAGGACGCUGGGGCCCCCAAGUUCUUCUUGACAGACAACUUGGUCUUUGACUCGCUCUAUGACCUCAUCACGCACUACCAGCAGGUGCCCCUGCGCUGCAACGAAUUUGAGAUGCGCCUCUCAGAGCCUGUCCCGCAGACCAAUGCCCAUGAGAGCAAAGAGUGGUACCACGCUAGCCUGACCAGAGCUCAGGCCGAGCACAUGCUGAUGCGUGUCCCCCGGGACGGGGCCUUCCUGGUGAGAAAACGGAAUGAGCCCAACUCCUACGCCAUCUCCUUCCGGGCCGAGGGCAAGAUCAAGCAUUGCCGUGUCCAGCAGGAGGGCCAGACGGUGAUGCUGGGCAACUCGGAGUUUGACAGCCUCGUGGACCUCAUCAGCUACUAUGAGAAGCAUCCGCUGUACCGCAAAAUGAAGCUGCGCUAUCCCAUCAACGAGGAGGCGCUGGAGAAGAUUGGCACCGCUGAGCCUGACUAUGGAGCCCUGUAUGAGGGACGCAACCCUGGCUUCUACGUGGAGGCAAAUCCUAUGCCUACUUUCAAGUGUGCGGUCAAAGCCCUCUUUGACUACAAGGCGCAGAGGGAGGACGAGCUGACGUUCACGAAGAGCGCCAUCAUCCAGAAUGUGGAGAAGCAAGACGGCGGCUGGUGGCGGGGGGACUAUGGGGGGAAGAAGCAGCUGUGGUUCCCGUCCAACUACGUGGAGGAGAUGGUCAGCCCUGCAGCCCUGGAGCCUGAGAGGGAGCACUUGGACGAGAACAGCCCCCUGGGGGACUUGCUCCGGGGGGUCUUGGAUGUGCCGGCUUGUCAGAUCGCCAUCCGUCCCGAGGGCAAGAACAGCCGGCUCUUCGUCUUCUCCAUCAGCAUGGCUUCGGUGGCACACUGGUCCCUGGACGUCGCUGCUGACUCCCAGGAGGAGCUGCAGGACUGGGUGAAGAAGAUCCGAGAGGUGGCCCAGACGGCAGACGCCAGGGUGAGGGGAGCGGGGGGGCGCAGGGGCAGCCUGUGA